AUCAGUCUACCACAAAUCGAAAAACUAAACUGCAAAAAUGGCCUACGAAACUCUGAUGAACACCACCUACAGUCCUGCCUGCCAGAAGAAGACCUACACCCCCGCCAAGGCCAUGAAGAAGAUCUUCAAGGUGGCCUGCAAAAUCUUCAAGACUUCGGGUCACCAGCAACUCAAGAGCGAGACCAUCCCGAAGGAACUCCCACUGCCAAUGUCCGAUGAGGAGCUCCAGAACUCCCAGAACGAGAAACUGGAAGCCGAGCUUGCACAACUGUGA